AUGGAAAAUGAUAAUGACGUGGAGCUGCCUCUUCAAAAAGGUUUAACAUCAGCAGCCAUACUUGAAGUUGGAGAUGCAGAUGGUGAUGAUAAAAUCUCACACAAACACAAUGAGGAUGAUGGUCAACAUAGUAGACAACAGCAGCAGCCCAGCGCCAACAUUACUCGAAUAAAACAACUUAAGUUGCAACAACUAGAGGAGUCGUUGCAGAUCAGGGAGAGCUAUUUGCGGGAAAAAUUUAAAAUCCUCACUGCAGAUAGUGACGACGAGGGUAUCGUGGAAUCACAUUUGCCUGAAGUUGGGCAAUUACCUCAGCUGAAUGCACAUCAAGCCGUAGCUGAUGAACACUUUUCGCCACAUGGCCAACCUCAUCUACAGAGUACACCAAGGUUAGUAAAUAAUCCAUCUCUUUAUACCUUACAGAUCGCUCCCACGCUUACGUCGUCUCAGCUAGCAGCGCGUCAAUGCAUACCGAGAGAUUUGCCUACCUUCCGCGGCGAUCCAGAAGAAUGGCACAUUUUUAUAAGUGCGUACGAGCAAACUAAGCAAAUCGCAGGUUUCUCCGAUUAUGAAUGUCUAAUGCGCUUACAGAGGUGCCUCAUUGGUAAAGCGCGCGAUGUAGUACGCAAUAUGUUGGUGUUGCCUAAUAUGGUUGGAGAAAUAAUAAACACUCUUCGUAUGUAUUUUGGACGACCAGAAAUUAUUCUAAAUAAAUUAAUUAAGAAAAUGCGUCAGUUACCGCCUCCAAGGGGUAGGCUGGGCGAUUUAAUUGACUUUUCAGUCAACAUUAAUAAUGUAGUUGCAACAAUUGAGGCAUGUAAGCUGAAUAGUUAUUUUAAUAAUCCACUCUUAUUACAUGAGCUAAUAAGUAAAUUAGCUGAAGAUAUGAAGCUCAAAUGGGCACUACAUUCAGCAUCAAUAGCCGAACCUACACUUCGCGAUUUUUCAGCGUGGCUCUCAUCUUUAGCAAAUGCGGCAAGUAGAGUAGCUACACCUUCUUUUUUAGAUAAACCACUAAAAAAGGAAGGACGAGUGCACGUACAUCAGACAGCUGAAAUGACAACCACGGCAGUUAGGUGUUACAUUUGUGGUGGCGGACAUAUAAUAAUGGAAUGUGAAAUAUUCACGAACGAGCCUACCAAUCAACGCUGGCGCAUUGUCAAGGAAAAGAAGCUGUGCCGACAAUGCUUAGGCGAGCAUAGGCGUCGCUGUUUCAGUAAUAAAGUGUGUGGCAUUGAUGGCUGCAAUGCACGACACCACCCCAUGCUGCAUUCUCGGAUAGACCAAUCUACGCCAGCAAUAUCUUCUACAGCUAACAAUGUUUCAUCGGAUAUAGUAGAACAAAUAAGUUUAAGUCCAUACUCAAACAAAGCGUUACUCAACAACCAUAAUUCAUCAGUGAAUAAAAACUGGUCAUAUUGCCGAAUUCUUCCAGUUACUUUAUAUGGCACCAAAAGGACUAUUAACACAUAUGCAUUGAUGGACGAUGGGUCAACACUAACGCUUAUUGAAUCAAGUCUAGCCGAUGAAUUGGGAAACGAUGGUAUCCAGGAUGCGCUAUGCAUUAAUUGGACAGGUAAUAUCAGUCGACAGGAAAAUAACUCAAAAAGGCUCAACUUACAAAUCUCUGCCAAUGCUCCUCAAGCUAAAAAAUUCCCAUUGAAAAAUGUCCGCACAGUAAGCAACUUACGCAUGUCAGCAGAAUCUUUUGCAGCUGAUAAAAUAAAGCAAUGGUAUCCGCAUUUAGAUGGCUUGCCUCUAGCAAGUUAUACAAAUGCUGUCCCCAUGCUAAUUAUCGGCGUAAAUAAUCCAAACUUAAUUUCAGCACUUAAGGUGAGAGAGGGUGGCUGGCAAGAACCCGUGGCGGUGAAAAUACGUCUUGGUUGGACAGUUUUUGGUGGUGGUGAAUUAAACCACCGUAACAACUUAAACCUACACAAAUGUAGCUGUGGACAAGAAGCUGAUAGGGAGCUUCAUGAGUUAGUAAAGACAUUUAUAGUAAACGAGAAUGUCGCGGUGGCUACUCCAAAAGCAGAAUUACUUUCAGUUGAGGAUCAGCGAGCAGAGGAAAUAAUGCGCAAGUGCCUGUUACGCGGAAACCGCUACGUUGUCAAUUUGCCAUGGAACACCGAUACGGUCGAAUUGCCAAAUAGCUUGCCGAUGGCAUUACGUCGAGCGGAGUGCUUACGUCGAAAAAUGCAUGGGGACCCUGAAUUGUGUCAAAAGCUAAAGGAACAAAUCACUACUUUAGUCAGCAAGGGCUACGCAACUGAGUUGCCACCAGAAGCAAUUAACGAGCGAGGUGGGAAGAUUUGGUAUUUACCAAUUUUUAUUGUGUGCAAUCUACUUAAACCGAAAAAGCAUAGAUUAGUUUGGGAUGCUGCAGCCAAAGCUGAAGGAGUGUCACUAAACGAAUUUUUGCUGAAGGGACCGGAUAUGCUGCGACCACUUAUAAACAUAUUAUUAAAUUUUCGUAUAGGAAGAAUAGCUGUCUGUGGUGACAUUGCUGAAAUGUUUCAUCGAAUUCUAGUACAAGAAGCAGAUACUGAUGCUCAGAGAUUUCUAUGGUUCAGCGAGACAUUUAAAAAUAUUUGCGUUUAUAAAUUAAAUGUAGUUAGCUUUGGUGCGCGAUGUUCACCAUAUAUAGCGCAUUUUAUUCGAAACCUGAACGCAGAAAGAUUUAUAGCUGAAAAUCCUAGAGCAGUGUACGCUAUUAAAAACAAUCAUUACGUGGAUGACUUUAUAGAUUCAACAAAUUCCAUUGAACAAGCAAUAGCAUUAGCCGAGGCAGUUCGCAACAUACAUGAACGAGGUGGUUUCCAUAUGAGAAGUUGGACAAAUAAUGCACCAGAAGUUUUAGCUGCGUUAAACGAAAAUAGUGAACAGACGGAUGAAAUUGUACCCACUAAAAGAGAAGUACUUCAAAUUUUAAUGUCCAUUUUUGAUCCAUUGGGACUGGCAGCUUGCCUCACAUCAUAUUUAAAAAUACUUAUUCAGGAUAUUUGGAGAAGCGGAAUCGACUGGGAUCAACCACUGGUACCCGAUCUUAUGGGCAAGUGGUUAGCUUGGGUUGCCUGCAUGCCUAUUUUUGCUAAUAUUUCUGUACCCCGUUGUUAUUCACCAUACAUAAAAGAAAGUUCAUGUGAUGUACAAAUUCAUACAUUCGUAGAUGCGAGUGAGUUUGCUUAUGCAGCUGUAUCAUACUUCCGCAUUAAAGAUAAAUAUGGAGUAAGUACGAGGAUCGUAGCAGCAAAAACCAAAGUCGCUUCAAUGCGACCGAUGUCUAUUCCAAGAAUGGAGCUACAAGCUGCUGUAAUUGGCACACGGCUUAUGAAUACAAUAUGUAAAGUACACACAUUUGAUAUUAAAAAGCGUUUCAUUUGGAGCGAUUCCAAAACGGUGCUAAAGUGGUUGCGUGGUGAUCCACGUCAAUUUCAACAAUUCGUAAUGUUUCGCAUUGCAGAAAUUCAAGAAGCAUCAACCGUCGAAGAGUGGAGAUGGGUACCCACGAAAUUAAAUACUGCAGACAGUGCAACGAAAACAAAACAAAGUCCCGAAUAUGUGCAGCGGUGGGUCGAAGGACCAGAAUUUUUGCUACAAGACGAGGAUAAAUGGCCAACUGAGGUGGACUUAGGUCCGAUGGAGACCAGUGAAACUCGUGCAAAAUUUUUAUAUCAUCGCGAGACACAACCAUGUUUCAAUUAUGAAUAUUUUUCAUCCUGGAUCAAGUUGUACCGUGCCGUUGCAAAUUGGCUACUCUACAUUGGGAAACUAAAGGCUCGUUGUGGCGGUUUCAAUGCUACAAACGUUAUUUUGACUGUUCAACAUAUUGAGCGCGCGAAGCUCUUAAUAUACAAAAGCGUGCAACAGGAACUACUUGAAGAUUGGUCGACACUGAAAAUGGGGAGAAUAAUAGAAAGGAACAGUCCGUUAUAUAGGUUGCAGGUGUAUAUGGAUAACAAUGAGCUCAUAAGAGUAAAAAACAGAGCGAGUAACUUUACGAAUGAGUGUAAACCUCAAACUGAUUUUAUUUUCUUACCGCCAAAACAUAGAGUAUCGUACCUUAUAUGUGCGCACUAUCAUGAACGAUUUUAUCACAUCCAACAUGAAACUGCUUUAAAUGAGGUCAGACAAUUGUAUUUCAUACCAAAAUUAAGACCAUUAUUCAAAUCGAUGCGACGAAACUGCAACGUAUGUAAAAUUUCAUCGGCAAUACCUCAAGCGCCGCAAAUGGCCUUACUUCCCCCAGCACGACUAGCAGCUUUUCAACGUCCAUUUACUCAUGUGGGUAUUGAUUAUUUUGGACCAAUGGUGGUUAUUGAGAAUCGCAAAGCACUGAAAAGGUGGGGUGUUAUAAUAACUUGUUUGACUAUCAGAGCCGUUCACAUCGAAAUCGCCCAUAGUCUUAGUACUGACUCAUGCCUAAUGUGUUUAAGAAAUUUUAUUGCCAGACGAGGAGAACCUAUCACCAUCUACAGCGAUAAUGCAACGAAUUUUCACGGUGUCGAGAACGUUUUAAGAAAGGAGUUAAAGAACAUUGAUUCCUCGGUUAUGCAACACAAGCUAGCUCAUCAAGGAAUAGACUGGAAAUUUAAUCCACCGGCAGCACCACAUAUGGGAGGAGCGUGGGAGCGACUGAUUAGAACAAUUAAGACAGUGCUGUAUCAAAUUUCGCCAUCUCAACGUUUUACGGAUGAAAGUUUACGUACUGCAUUACUUGAAGUUGAAAUGAUCAUCAACUCGCGUCCUUUAACCUACGUGUCACUCGAUAGUGAAGAUGAGGAUCCAAUAACUCCAAACCAUUUCUUGUUGGGGAGCGCUAAUGGUUUGAAACCAUUUUGUGAUGCUAAGAGAAUCGAUCCAAAGAUGUGCCUCCUACAAUCUGAGAUGUUUGCAAAUCAAUUUUGGCGACGAUGGGUGCGUGAGAUACUUCCGACAUUAACGCGUCGCGGCAAAUGGUUCAAUAAAGUGAAACCCAUUACGGUAGGAGACGUUGUGCUGAUAGUUGAUGAAACAGCUAAGAGAAAUACUUGGGUAAAAGGCAUAGUUAUCGAGACAACUGUAGCGAAAGACGGCCAAGUAAGACGAGCUAAGGUCAAAACAACAAAAGGCUUUUUGGAGCGCCCUGCCGUAAAGCUGGCCAUUCUGGAUAUCGGCAAAGUUGACGCAAACGACAUUGGGGUCGCCUGCGGGGAGGAGAAUGUUGCCGAAAAUUGCGAAUAA